UACAAUGAGCAUAAAAAUACUAGCAUGGCAAAUCGUUCUGGGGGGUCAUUGACCAAUCGAUGGUCGGUGAUCCAAAAAUGCACAAAUAAAUUUUGUGCUGCUGUGGCUCAAGUAGAAUCUUUGCAUCCAAGUGGUGCGACAGAGCAGGAUAAGAUUGAAAGAGCUAAAAUCAUGUACAGAGAGACUGAGAAGGCCACAUACAACAUGGAAUAUUGUUGGUGUCUAUUGAGACACCAACUAAAAUGGCAGCAACACGUGUCCAUGUUGUCAACUAAAAGGAAACCACAUGGGAAACGCCCUGCUAUGGCAGAGUCGACUCCACUAGGAGACGACACGAUAGAUGACAACGUAGAUGUCAUUUUUGAAAGGCCUCCAGGCAAGAAGGCUGAGAAAUAAAGGGAGAGAAAAAGGAAGGUUGCAGAAUCUUACGAUGCAGAAUUUGUUGAGGCCUUAACUUGCAUGACAAAUGAUAGAGCUGUUUUCAUGUCUGAAAGAAGACAAGCGACUAGUAAAUUGGAUGUUGAUAGGGCUCAAUUACUAGUGGAGAAAAAAAGGAGAAAUGAUACGGAGAAUAUGAAGAUUGAUAUAGAGAUAAUGAAGAUAGAUCUUGCUGGCAUGAAUGGAAUGCAACGAGAGUAUUUCUUGAAUCUUUAAAAAGAGGUUUUUGAGAAAUCAAGGAAGCGAUUUUCAUCUCCAUCUCAAUCUUCAUCUUUUGAAGAUGUGUAGCCUUUUGUUGGUGGGGAGUUUUGGGUUGUAGCCUAUGCUAUUUUGUGAUUUUUUGUUAUUUUGGAUCACAAAUAUGGGUGUGAUGUUCAUUGUUUUAUAUGUUGGUUACCACCCUAUUCAUUACUCUUAUUUUGCAUUAGUUGGUGAUGAUGUUUGUAAGAAUUGGCUUGGUUGCAUUGAAGAUCGAUGUAAUUAUUUUGAUAAUAUUGAUAUCGUGU